AUGCUCACAGUCCACUUCACACCGAGCUCCUCCCGGGAUGAAUUCGAUCUGGGAAGGACAGUGACAGUGCAUGGCUUUCUGAGAAAGCCAAAGCACAUGUCCUCGAAGCUCUCCUUUACCGAGAUUCUCAUGGACUCGGGCCCAACUUUCAAGGUCACCUCCAAGUGGUCCGAGGCCGACUCACCGGCCCACCAGGCACACAAAGCCUUCAAGCAGAUCCCUGCCUGGAGCCCAGUCGCCCUUACAGGCACCAUCGUCAACAAGACAGAGGGCGUCACCGAGGAGUCAUAUGGUGGCAAGUUCCCGGACAAUGUCAUCAGCUGGGAGCUCGAGCUAGUGUCCAUCGAGGCCCUGAACCCUUUCCCAAAAGACAUCAUCAUCUCCGAGGGCGUGCAAUUCCCGGCCUCCUCUAGACACCUUCAGAUGAGGUUCGGCCAGGACUUGCGCAAACGACUGCAAUUUCGGGAUCACGUCAAACGUUCCGGCCAGAGUUUUUUUGAGGAGCAUAAUUUCACCGAGAUCGAGACGCCAGUGCUCUUCAAGUCUACGCCGGAAGGAGCUCGGGAGUUCAUCGUGCCCACGAGGAGACCCGGCCUAGCUUAUGCACUCCCACAGAGCCCUCAGCAGUACAAGCAAGUGCUCAUGUCGGGUGGCAUCGGCGGCUACUAUCAGUUCGCACGCUGCUUCCGCGAUGAGGACCUGCGUGCAGACAGGCAACCGGAAUUUACUCAGCUCGAUCUUGAGAUGUCGUUUGCGACUGGGCGGGAUGUCAUGCGUUACGUCGAAUCGCUAGUCAAACACAUCUACAAAGAGACCUCGGGCAAGUUUGUCAAGAAGGCCAGCCCAGAGGGAUGGUAUCCCGUUCACCGAGAACGACAAGAGUGGCUACGACAGCAGGAGUCCACGUCGAAGUCAACUGAAACGCUCGAUGGCCUAGAGAACUACCCUGCCAUUCCCGAGACCAGCUUUCGCCACAUGAGCUACCAGGAGGCCAUGUCAUCGUAUGGAUCUGACAAGCCAGAUCUUCGUAUUCCAGGGAAGAUUCACCGUAUCGACUCGAUAGUCUCGCGGGACUUCACAAGCAAGAUUUCAGGCCUGGAAAAUCCAGUCGUAGAAGUUUGCAAAUUCCGCUUGGAUGGGGAUCCAAGAGAAAGCUUCAAGUUCAUCGACCAGCUUUGGAAGUCCCUCCCGACUUCUGUUACCGAUAAUCCUGACGGCGCGCCUGCAAUUUUGUUCUACGACUCGAGCAAACCGAUGAAUGGGCUGUUUGCUCUGGGAUACGACACUGUUGAAGAGCUCACAAACCAAGAUGGAAAGUUUGCCGAGCUGGGUCCUUUUGAGAGUGGCGACAUCCUUCUAAUUCAGGCUCGGAAGGACGAGCCCUUCCAAGGAGGCUCGACCGCUCUCGGCGCUCUGAGGAUCAUGAUCUACCAGGAAGCUCUCGCAGCAGGACUACUCGAAGCCGACCCCAACUUCCACUUCCUGUGGGUGACGGGCUUCCCGCUUUUCACUCCGAACAACGAUGUCGACCCUGGUCAAGGCGGCAAAGCUGGGUUUUCUGCAACUCACCACCCCUUCACCGCCCCUCUAACGGCUGAGGACUUUGAGCUGUUGGCCACGGAUCCGCUACGAGCCAAGGCCGACCACUACGAUCUGGUUGUCAACGGUAUUGAGCUUGGUGGUGGUAGCAGGCGUAUCCAUGUCGCCAAAGUACAAGAGUUUGUCAUGAGGGACAUUCUUCAGAUGACUGAUGAAGGCGUGGCUCAAUUCUCUCACCUGCUAGAGGCCCUGAGAGCGGGAUGCCCUCCACAUGCUGGCUUUGCCCUUGGGUUUGACCGCCUAGUUGCUGUUCUCAGCGGCACAAACUCUGUGCGGGAUGUGAUCGCCUUCCCCAAGAGUAUGAAGGGAGAGGAUCUGUUUGCCAAGAGCCCUGGUGCCAUUACAGACAAGGAGCUGGAGACGUACCACCUAGCCCUUCAAAAGUAA